CGCUGCGUUAUGUUUUGACGGAAGCGCUCCUCGUACAUGCGCUAUUGGCAUUGUAGCAUGAUUGAUUUUUAUCCCGAUUUCACUCUGAAGUUCCCAGCUGUUUAGCUGCAAUAUCUGCAUUGCGCCUGCCUGAACUGAAUGCACUUGUAAAAGAGUUUUCCGGGAACCAGGUCCCUGGAUUUCAGUCAUUAUGUCGACCGCCGUAGACGAAAGGGUUACAGAUGAAGUCGAGGCUUUGGAAGCUAUUUUAAUGGAUGAUGUGGUAAUUAAGAGGGUGGAUGACGUGCCACAUACGAUUGAAACAGUUGUGCAUCCGUCAACAGGAGAUGACACCGACCAACAGUAUGUUUGUGUGACCCUGGAGGUCAAACUGACUCCAGAUUACCCCGACAGCAGCCCCGACGUGACGCUGCGCAACCCUCGAGGCCUAGAUGAUGUUCUGCUGAAUACAAUUAAUUCACAAAUCAAAGAAAAGUUGGAUGAUUGCCUGGGGCAGCCUGUUGUCUUUGAGCUUAUUGAGCUAAUCCGUGAGAACUUAACGGAGAGCAACCUUCCAAGUGGUCAGUGCGUGAUCUGCCUGUACGACUUCAUCGAAGGGGAUGUGUUCAUCAAGACCCAGUGCUACCACUACUUCCACAGCCACUGCCUGGCCAGCCACCUCAUCGCUGGCCGGAAAUAUUACCAGGAGGAGCUGGAAAAGCUGCCCAAUUGGCAGCAGAUGCAGACUCCACCUUAUCAGCAAACUUGCCCAGUCUGUCGCUGUGCAGUGUCUUGUGAUGUGGAGACGCUGAAGAAAGCCCCGGCACCAGUGGAAUCUAUCACUGCCCCACCAUUCUGCCUCACUGCUGAAUUAAAGGCUCUGCAAUUAAAGAUGGCGGCGUUGCUGGCCGCGCAGACCGCCAAGGGAGGCGUCGUGGGCGACGGCCCGGGCGGCCCGCCGCCGCUCACCAUCACCAGCCCCACUAACAGCGACAAUGAGGCCAGCAACGGUUCAGCGAGCGCCGCUCCAGACGUGAAGCCCGCGUCGCCCGGCGCACAGAACGGCCACGGCAACGCCUCGCACUCCGAGCCGACCUGUCGCCCGCCAUACAGGGGCUUCAACCGUCGCGGCAAGCCGGGCCGACGCGGGCGCGGGCGCGGCGCGCGGUGACCUCCGCCGCCCCGCCCCCCGCGCCGCCGCGCCCCCCGCGCCAUCCGCGCCUAGCUACACCGCCCCGCAGCCCGACCCCACCGAGGCAAAAUGCACUUUAUCUGUUGUCCGGUAAGAUUCACUUUCCUUUGCGAGUGUGACCUAUCGAGCGUAAAUAGUUCGUGUUCUGUGAGCACUGUCUGGGCGCCCGGUCUGCUGAUGAGCGAAUCGAAAUAUGAUUUCUGUAAAUGGUACCUUAUUACCUCCGCCGUUAGUUAUAAUUUCCUUUGCGCAACUAACAUAAACAUAUCGAACGAUGCAUCAAAUAAUAGUACUCAUCUUAAAGACCACAUAAAUGUUUUCGUGUGGUCACAAAUUAAUUACAAUUGUAACUGUAUCAUUGAAGAGUUCGGACGGUUUGGCUGUGAUAUAAACGCUUCCCGGGGUAGUGUUUGUGUGAUUUUCGACUUUAUUUUUAAAACAUUAAUGUUUAAUUUGCAUCAAGUUCGGUAUAGUCAGCAGAAUAAAGCCGAUAUCGAGUUUGCGGUCAAAAGUUUAGUAUGCUCAUUCAAUAGAACGAGUGAACCACAGAUUCAUGUCAAUUUUAACCUUGUUUCCAACGAAUUACGGUUGUAUUUUGAUAGCACAGUAAGCAAAUCGCAUAGUGUUCGUCGAUUAUGUAGAAUUAUUUUUUACAUAACCAUAAACCAAAAUUAUCAGUACAUAAAAAACACAACUGUAAACAUAUUGUCAAAAAGCUUAGUCAUUAGUCAGUAAAAUUAAACAUACACGGGUUUUAAAUGUAGUGUUUGCGGGUGUUUUGGUAAAUGAACGCAAGAGUGAGACUGAAAUGUACAUAAUUUGGACGGAGAGCGUAGACUCGAGUCACCUCUUAGGUGCUACAUUUGCCAAAUUGAGUGUUACAUUCGUAUUGCAAUUAAAAAUAUCAGUGCCAUUUGUUGCCAAUACAGGGUCCCAUUUUCCUCACACCGAUUUUAAAAGUCGGCCCACGUACCUAUCGAGACUGAUUUAUUAUUGUUACCCACGUAUAUGUGUAAAUGUUUUUAUUGUUAUACGUUUAGUGUUAACUCUCUGCUAUUAUCGUAUUUGUACCAAUAUCCCUUCCGAGCAAAGCGUUGUGAGUAUCAUGAA